AUGGCAUUCAUCGUCCGCAUCAAUCGAAUUGUGUCUCUCACACGACCACUUCUCCGCGACAUCUGUCGCCCAGCUGUUCCCCAAUCUCACCGACAGUGGCGACAAGUUCGCUGGAGCUCGCAUGCCCCCUCGUCCCCAGCCUUGCUGGCUAGAGGCCAGAAGCCAGUCACCAUCCAAACCCUUCAGAAAAUGUAUGCUGAGGACAAACCCAUCACGAUGUUGACUGCCCACAAUUUCCCUUCGGCACUCAUGGCACAAGAAGCUGGAAUGGAUAUGAUCUUGGUCGGUGAUUCCCUUGCUAUGGUGUCCUUGGGCAUGCAAGACACGUCCGAAGUCACCCUCGACGAAAUGAUCGUGUCGGCCCGCGCAGUCAGUCGAGCGGUGACCCGGUCCUUCACCGUCGGCGAUCUCCCUAUGGGUUCGUAUGAACUGAGCCCGGAACAAGCCCUAGCCAGUGCGAUUCGAAUGAUCAAAGAAGGACGCAUGCAAAGUGUCAAACUUGAAGGGGGAGUCGAGAUGGCACCCGCAAUCAAGAAGAUCACAAGCGCUGGCAUCCCAGUUUGUGCACACAUCGGUCUCACCCCGCAACGUCAGCAUGCUCUUGGGGGCUUCCGCGUACAAGGCAAUACACUGGAAAAGGCAAUGUCUCUGCUCAAAGAUGCAAAGGCUGUGGAGGAGGCAGGAGCUUUUGUGGUUGUGUUGGAAUGUGUACCGCCCGAUAUCGCAGAGGAAGUUACCAAGGCCCUCAGGAUACCCACCAUCGGCAUCGGUGCAGGCAACAAAACAAGUGGACAGGUUCUGGUGCAGAUCGACAUGCUCGGUGUUCGCCCGCCUGAUAGUUUCAUGCCCAAGUUCGUCAAAAAGUAUGGUUCGAUAUGGGAAGCUGGACUGGACGCCAUCAAACAGUACAAGAAUGAGGUCGGUGAUCGAAGUUAUCCCGGUCCGUCGCAUGUGUACAAGAGUGAUGCAAAAGUUACGGAGGCGUUUAAGGUGGCCAUUCAAUCUGCGGAGGAGCAGAAGGCUUGA